GAGGGCUGCCACUUCGCCCGCUGCAGAAAAUCUAAAUGAGACUCCAUAGUUGUAAAAACUAAAGUACUAAAACCUUGCGUUGCGCAUACAUUGUUGCGCAGCACUUCCGGGCCGACAUCGGCCCCGCGGUGCGUCUGGACUCACCUCUGAAGUGGUACGGUCCCGUUAGUCGCCCUGUUCACCGCCGCAGUUAGCGGACAACCACACGGACCAACAUGCGGAUAAACGGCACUUUACCGUAACACGGACUGGAGAAUGAACUUUUACCGGCUGGCUCUUUUCCUGUCCGUGUGUGUGUGCGAUGGCGUGCACGUCACGGUGCGGGAGAAGCAGCGGUUCGCGAUGCUCUUCCAGUCCGUCGUCCUCCCGUGUCAGUACCAAACCGCCUCCACUCAGAACCCGGUGGUGCAGUGGUGGUACAAGUCCUACUGCCGAGACCGCACGCGGGAGUCCUUCACCCUGCCCGAGAGUCUGGGCGUCCAGGCCUCAGAGCUGGGCGCCACGUCCCACCUGGAGUGCUCCGACAGCGGCCGCACGGUUCGGGUUGUGGCCUCGGCGCAGGGACCCUCCAUGACGCUGGCCGAGCACUACAAAGGAAGAGACAUCGCCAUCGUCAACAAAGCAGACCUGCGUAUCGGGGAGCUGCAGUGGGGCGACAGUGGAGUGUACUUCUGUAAAGUCGUCAUUGCCGAUGACCUGGAGGGGAAGAACGAGGCCCAGCUGGAGUUACUGGUGCUCGGCAGGACAGGUCCGCAGGACGAUAUCCUACCUGAGUUUGAUGUGGAGAUUAUGCCAGAGUGGGCGUUUGUGGGAGCCGUGGUCCUGGGCAGUGUCUUGUUCCUGUUAUUGUUGGGGAUCUGCUGGUGCCAGUGUUGUCCUCACUCCUGCUGCUGCUACGUCAGCUGCUGCUGCUGUCCUGAAACCUGCUGCUGUCCACGCCGCCUAUACGAGGCGGGGAAGAUGGCCAAGAGUGGACCACCUGCUCAGGUUCCCGUGUACCCCUACUACAUUCCUGGUGUUCCUACCGUUGUUCCUCUUGCCCCUUCGUCCCAUGCGGAGACAAAGAUCGCCUCCAUUCCCCCAGUGGAGAAUAACCUGGCUGGAGCCCACAUUGGUUAUCGACUGAAAGCCAGUCCAGACCAGGACUCAAUGAAAGUUCUGUACUACAUUGAGAAGGAGCUGGAUCAGUUCCCCUCUGCCGGGACGGCUGCAUUUAAACCCGUCAGCCUCUCGGAGCUGAGCUCUCUUCAUGAUGGAGGGACCGCGGACUUCAGACACACCUAUCAGACGGUGCAGAUGAAGGCGCUCCCGCCCAUCGCGGACCUCGACCACCAGUCGGUGCGGAGAGCAGCUCCACCUGCACAGAGUCGAAGGCCCAGACGGGACGGACGCAACCACUCAGACGAUGAGCUUGACAGAAGGUGGAACCCCCACUCGGAGCACCUGCAGAGGAAGACGUUGGGCAGAAGAGGGCGCACCGGCUCCCUGGACGAGCUGGAGGACUUCGCCCAGUCUUACGGCUCCCGAGGCCGUCGCGCCGAGCCUCCGGACCGGGUCUACGAGCGGGAUUACAGCCCUCCCAGGCGUUUCUACAGAGAGGAGGAUGACGACUGGGUCCGCCGCAGCCCCUCGCCUUUAACACAGAAGAGGAGGGACACGUGGGACAGCGAUCGUCCCUGUCGAGCACCCCAAGGCAAAGGAUACGAUGACGCCUUCCUCAGCAGUGUGUUGGACAGCAAGACGAGGGGGCGGGGGAGGGACAGAGGCGCUUGUAGACCGGACGAGGACAGUGACACUCCCUCCAAAGGCAGCUCCAGAGGAAAGGCCGGCGGUAGUUACUACAGCCGGUCGCCUAGCAACCGUCCAGAGGAGGAGGACCCUUUGCCUCCGUACUCUGAGCGGGAGGCGGAGCGGUACCGCAGGGCCGACCCGACAACAGACCGGUACCGCACCGUAGAGCCUCCCAGAUCAGAGCAAUACAGGACCACUGACCCGGCCACGAGGCCGUUCUGCUACACCCGCCCCCACCAGGGAAUGCCCCACACACUCCAACCGGGGGGCCGAGAGGAGAGAGACAGGAGCCGAAACCUGAGCACUGCGCCGAGCAGGGACUCUCUCAUAGUGUGACGAGGCUUCGCCGGCCUCGACCCGCUCAGCGGUUCUGCCAUCAGCCACAUGAAGUCCGGCCCGUCUCGCUAACGAUACCCCCCCCCCCCCUCGGGAAUGCUGAGAAAUAAAUGUGCACUAAAUACAGCACGUUUUCUUUUACUCGCGUGCAUGAAUACCUGCUUAUUUCUUCACGUGUAGUCGACUGACAUUUGAUGAUUUACUGACGCCGGUGCCAAGAUGUUUCAUUUUUAUUUUCUAUUAUCUGCCAAUUCUUUUUUUUUUUUUAUCUGCAGGAUUUACACAGACUCCACACUUAGUCAGUACAUUGCAACUCAGGUUCACUUUGUAUUUGUGCGUUUGUCUGUUGUUGAUAUCGUACUGUAUGUAA